GACAUGGUCUUCAAUAUUCCAAGCCUCAUCUCCCACGUCAGCGCCAUCUUUACCCUAGAAUGUGGGGACGUCAUUCUGACUGGAACGCCUGACGGAGUGGGGCCGAUUGAGGCCGGCGACAAGGUCGUUGCCGGCAUUUCCGAUCUUCCUGAAGCUGGGCUUCAGUUCGAUGUUGAGAUGGACGACGAGUGA